AUGGCCGUUCGUGGCAACUCGCUGAUGCCUUUCUCAAUCCAGGCCAUCCUGAACAAAAAGGACGACAGCCGACACUUGCCGGACUUGGACAUGUGCUUCUCAAAGACGGCGUGUUGGAAAAUAUUUGGGGAGAUGAACGGCGCGUCGGGGAGAGAGGAUGGGGAGGCUUGCGAGCCGGCGGACCAGAAAGGCUACGACUCGGACUCGGGACUCAGCGACGACAACGACAGCAAGACUCCGGCCGCGUGCAAGACGGAGAAGGACGGAGACCCUGCGUCGGAUGUUCCGGAGGAGAGCCUGCAGGAGGAGACGGACCACGAGUCCGCAGCGGCGGAAAAUGCGAAGAGCGACAGCGAGCCCAAUAAUGCCACGGACUCCAGCACCCUGGACGAGAAGAGCCCGGACCAGCCCAAGCAGCGGAAAAAGCGCUCCAGGGCGGCCUUCUCCCACGCGCAGGUCUUCGAGCUGGAGCGCCGCUUCAAUCACCAGCGGUACCUGUCCGGGCCGGAGCGGGCGGACCUGGCGGCCUCCCUGAAGCUCACAGAGACUCAGGUCAAGAUCUGGUUCCAGAACCGCCGCUACAAGACGAAACGCCGCCAGAUGGCCGCCGACCUGAUGGCGUCGACCCCGGCGGCCAAGAAGGUGGCGGUGAAGGUUUUGGUGCGGGACGACCAGAGACAGUACAGCCCAGGAGAGAUCCUGCGGCCCCCGCUGCUCUCCCUGCAGCCGUCCUACUAUUACCCCUACGCCUACUGCCUCCCUGCGUGGACACUCUCUGCAUGUGCGGGGAACCAGUGA